CAUUGUGGUCUAUCACAGGUAGCUGACGUGCUGCAAGCAGAGUGACUCACCCCUCGUAUAAAGACGGACCCCGAGGUAACUCGAGUUUAAACACGGUGGUCGACGACGCUGUUUGAAGACUGCCGGUUUGAAUACAAAAAAACACACUGCUUCAUGGUCUUUCUGGCUACCUGCGAGCGCCAGGUGUUACAUCCAAUUAUACCGCACUAACGAGAAGAUAACACGGUGACGGGCAGACGGAUCAUCAGUCGUGAAACUAGUCAGCGGAGGAGCAAUGGUUUGACUUCUCUUACUGAAAAAAAAAUCUGUAACAUAUACACACUGUGAUUCGUAAAGGACUCCGGGACAAUAAGUUGUUGGUUUGUUUACUGGCUAUAGCCACACACUAUUCGUGGCAGGUUUCUGUCGAAACAGCUCAUCGCGGUGGUAGUGUUGAGAGGAUAGCUACAUCGUGUGACACGGUGACGCUUGAUGGAAACGGAGACCAGUGGUUAUCUGACCAUGCCCGAGGACUCGGAGGAUAAGUACACGCACUUCAUCGAGCUGUCGAACGCGUGCAGGACGUUCUACCAGAACCGACUGAAGACGGCGCAGAGUCUCAAGGAGAAGUGGGGAGGGGAGAAGAGGAUGUCAGACAGCAAUGGAAACCAGAGGAAGAAGACGUCUCUAGAUUUAGCCAUGGAACAACUCAGGACAGAGAUGAGUUCCCUGAUGGACCAGGACUUGUCUCUGAUGAAGCAGCUGCUGACUCUGAACGAGGAGAUCGAGGAUCUAAAAUGGCGGCGCCGGUACUGCUGGAACAACAGCUCGUUCUACGCCAGCUCGUGUCAGAGUGGCAGCAGAGACUGGACAUCCUCAGAGAUGUCGGUCACCAAGUUUGACGAUAUCCCUUCGAAAUACCCGUCCCCCUCCAGCCUGUCCCUGCCGAUAAACAGGAGCAACAUCUCGUUUUACGACGAGUCGAAUCCCGUGGGCACCUUCAACAGACGUGACAAGAAGGACGUUCCGUGUUCCCCAACCAAAGACCAUUCACGAAAGAGAGACUCGUACGACUCAGGAAUUCAUGAAAACUUCACCGAGACUCCCACACCGACAUUGCUUGUUACUCACUUGUGAUGCGAUAUCGAGACUCCCAUUCCGAUAUUGUUUGUUACUUACUUGUGAUGCGAUAUCGAGACGCCCAUUUCGACAUUGUUUGUUACUCACUUGUGAUGCGAUAUCGAGAUGUCCAUUCCGACAUUGCUUGUUACUCACUUGUGAUGCGAUAUCGAGACUCACGCAUGAUCUGUCUCUAGAUAAUCGAUUUGAGUUUCACGCGAAAAUACUUUUGUGACGCGACGACGACGAGAUUCUUACGCCAUUUGUCUCUGAUUGGAUAACCGAGAGUCUCCAUAGAGAUUCAUACGUCAUUUGUCUCUGAUUAGAUAACUGGGGUUUGUAAUUUAACAUCAUACGGCACCUCCUUUUCAUGACAGACCAGUGAACGUGUGGCGCGUAAAGUCUUAAAACAAAUGCAGCUAAAUGCAGAGGAAAUAAUAAUAUAUAAUGAACGCAACAAGAAAAACAACGGUUUACUUGUGUGACUUGGCUGCCAUUGAUGAAAUGGAUAUCGUGAUAUAACGGCAGCGACAGUCUUCUCUUUAAUGUCAAACAUUACGACUUUGUAUUCGGUCGAUUGCUUUAUUAAGGCCGUUUUCCACGUGCGUUGUUGGGUUUUUUUAAUAUCAAUAUCAGUUUCCAACUGAGCGACGAGGUUCGCGGUGGCCGUGCCCGCGGCACGCCAAAAACAGAGCACAUGGGAAACGGCCCUUACUGGCCGUACCUAGUGGAAGGAAGGGGGACCCAUUGCCCCUUGAAAAACAUGAAAUAGAAAGCUUUUUUGUCUACCUGGAGAAGACCCUGUGUGACUGUGGCAUUAUUAUUUUUUACUGCACCUUCCCCCAACUAUUUUAUGCCAGGUACUUCCUGUGUUAUGUUAUUUGAGUCUUGAAUAUUCUCGUUAACCUUGGCUAACCCUACUGUCGUAAUUCCACGUGUUGAUUUGACCACGGUCUUUAUCUAAAGCUGCAUCGCGCAGUUUUGUGUGGUGUGAAAAUUCAAUUGACAUGAUGUAAGCCCGAGUGAUAUGUUUAACAUGUUAGGAGGUAGUUCACGAGAAACUGCUACAGAAAAUACAUUAAUAUACUUCCAGAAAAACUGGAAACCACUCUUAAAAUUCAGAACAUCAAAUCAUUAUUUACCGGUAGAAACAGGACGCUGGAAUAAUAUUUCAUUAGAAGAUAGAAUUUGUACCCUGUGCAAUGAAAGUGAAAUUGGUGAUGAGUUUCACUAUCUUUUCAUUUGCCACUUUUUUAGUAAUUCUAGGACUCAAUUUUUACAUCCCUAUUACUAUACUCGACCAAGUACUUAUAAAUUCAAAGAACUAAUGCAAAACAAACGAAUCAGUACACUAAAGAAUUUAGCAAAGUUUAUAAAAGUAAUUAUGAAUGCAUUUAAACAUCCUUAAUAUUUCACAUCCCCAACCCCCAAAAGUACAUUAUAUAUAUAUAUUGAACAUUAAUUUACCAAUAACAGUUUUAACUAGUUCUACCGGCUAAACAGUUUAUAUAUUUGUAUUUUUAUGAAUAUUCACAGAUUUAUGUUGUAUGCAAAUGUUCAUAGGAAUUAAUUCACAAUCAUUGUAAUUUAACUUUUGUACUUCUCUUUCAUCUUGUCACGUGUUUAUAGAAAUAUUAUGUAUAUAUUCCUCCGACACCGUUGUACAACGGCCAGAGAGUAAAUAAAGUCUUGUCUUGUUUUGAUUAUUUUACUACGUAACGGCGAAUAAUAAUCUGUUACACAAGUCCACUUGCCAAUAAUGUUUUUAGAUAUUAAUCGUUUGAAAAAUGUAUUUAUUUUGUCGUAAGAAUAUCAACGACUGAUUUAACUAGAAAUUAGACUUUUAGUAUAGAACUUUUGAACUUUUUUAACAUGCCCCAAUACCACUAAGGUUUCAGGUAUGUCAAUCCCGGGUUCCAUCUCUGGAUAACCAGGGACUUGACGCGGGACAGAAAAUUACUGGGACAAUUUGGAAUUGUACACUAAAAAUGGAAAGGGAAUCAUUAACAUAGUAUUUCUUUUAAAAGCGUACCCACAAAAUAAGCAAAAAAUUGUUUUGGUCGCAUAAUUUCGAGCAAGCAGCCUAAAUUUAAAGAUUGACUAAAAUUAUAUUAAUUUUAAUUUUUAUAUUAACUAUUUAUUUGCCUUUACGAGGUUAAUAAAAAGGAGGCAGGGAGUUAGUAUAGGAAGAUUGUUUGAAUUGGCAAAAAUUACAAAUAUUGACAACCGGUUCCGUGCUUAUACAGUUGUAAUCGGGACCUGGGCUUAAGCUGUUCUAGAAUUUGUGAUGGGGGAGGGGGCGGGAGGUUCUUUGUUUUAUAUGCCCACCACCCAUAAAUUAAAAUUGUAUUUAAAUCAUGUAUGCAUGGGAGGGAUACGGCAGACCCACCAGGCAUAACAGUUACAGAGUCUACGCAUCCCACCCACCCGUACCCCUACUCCCACCCUACUCUCACUCCACCACCUACCCCCAUGUAAUGAACUCUGGAACAGUCCUGAAUUUUAUCGUUCAAUCUUUAUUUAGUUUGAUUGAUAUUAAAAUUUAGACGAUUUUUUCUAUCAACAAGGUGCUAGAACAUUUUAGUUUAAUGUUAUUCGAUUUUGAUUCCCGUCUCCAGAGAUGUCUAUAAACGUGGGGAUUGAAUGUAUAUGUAUUUUAGUGGUCAUUUCUUAUGAAAUCCGUGUACAUACUCGUGUAUAUUAUGUACUUUGUGUACGUUCUCUUUACGAAUGCAGUAACUUAUUGAACACCUACAAAUAAACUAAACUACGUA